AUGAACCGAACGCCCUUUUUCUCUCUAGGUCGCGGGCCAGUGUCCCGGCCUGAAUCUGCAGGUGAACCUACUCAGCCACGUAGGGGUUUAGCUCUAAUCGAGACACCUAUUGACGAGAAAGAUGGGGUUCCUCCGCACCUCUAUCGCCAUUCGGACGCCACUCCCAUCGAGCUGUUCUUCGAUUUAUUUUUUGUUGCGAACCUAGCUACCUUCACAGCUACACAUGAAAUCAACAAUGUAGAAGCUUUAGGAGCCUAUAUUGGAUUCCUCGGAGUGAUUUGGUUCAGCUGGCUCCAAGUAACAAUGUUUGAUAUCCGCUUUGCACGGGACUCGCUUUUCGAACGGCUCUGCAAAGGAAUACAACUAGCGGCUAUGGUCGGAUUUGCUUCUGCAGGCACACGGUUCAGUACGCAUGUUCAAGACGAGAAUGUUUGGGCCUUUCAAUCAUUAAGCCUUAUUCUUGCAGGAAGCAGAUUCCUGCUGUCUCUACAAUACACAAUCAGCAUCUUGUUCAUUCGCAGGCGGAUGAGAAGUGCUGCCAAAGGACUAUGCGUUAUAGCUGCUACUCUAUGCGUUUCGAGUGCGGUCCACUUGGGAAUGUUUUUUGCCUUCGGCGAAGAAUCACCUCAUGCCUACAUAUGGACUGUUUGGUUCGUCCUGUUUUGGGUUGAAAUGUGGAUGGUAAUCGCCACCUCCUGUAUUACCCCGGGCAUCGGAUUUCAGGAUACUCAUCUGAACGUCCGUAUAGGACUACUUACCUUGAUUAUUAUUGGUGAAGGCGUCAUUUCUGUAACAAGACUUGUCAACAAGACAGUGCAGCCGGGCGGCUGGACCAAAUGGUCGUUUGUCCAUAUCCUAGGUGUUACUACCAAUGUCUAUUUUAUUUGGCAAGAGUACUUUGAUCUUACUCCGAGACGGGCCAUGGGUAUAUUUGCGCAGCAAAUCUGGGCCCAGCUACAUUUUCCGUUUCACGUGGUUCUCAUCCUUCUUCUGGAGGGGUCGCAGAUCCUCGCCUUGACUUUGGAUAUCACUUUGAAGUUGCAAUAUCUUACAGAAACGAUCCUGUCCGCAUGCGAAGAGCCGCGGCCGGAACCACGAGUCGCUAUUAGGUUACUUCGGCAGACAAUAGAGGAUAUGGAGAUUCAGUACAGCCGAGGCGCAAUUGGGGAACAGAAGCAAUUUACGAAAUAUUGA